UAUGCCAACUGGCCAGCCUUUUUGCAAUCUUUCAAGCAUCCUUGUGAAUGUGCGAGUUCAUGCAGCCAGGCUGGCGUCGAAACUAUGUCGCUGAGACUGCUGCAGAAGGCAACCAGCGAUGCUCCAAAAGGCAAAGGCAAGGCAAAGGGUGGGCGCCGGCAAUCGAUGAGCCUGCAGCAAUUCCAUCAGCAGACUCCGGCAGAGACAGUGAGCCACAGACCAGCCUGGGGCAAAGGUGUCUCUAUGCGGACUUCUACAUGGGCAGCAGAGGAUCCGACGCCCACAGGUGCAAGACAUUUUCAGUCAGCAGGCUCCCAGGCGAGAACAACGUCUUCUGCAUGGGUUAGAGGCCCACCCUCUUCGGCUAUAGACACCUUGUGGGACGCAGCACCAAUGGUUGAAGAGUUGUCCGAGGAUGUUUGGCAAACUCCGGGUGCUGCUGAAGCACCACCUUGGGAGGAACUUAGUGCAGAGGUUGCAGGACAACAAGAACCUGUGGGAGUCUUGGAAGAGGCUGAUGCAACAGUGUUUGCAGCUGAAACUUCACAGCCGCCAGAAACAAUGUCGAAGGAUGCGACUCAGAUGGAUGCAGAAGAGACUGCCGCUCAAAAGGACGCAGAAGCUGGUGAUGAGGAUGGGCUUUGGCUAGACAUCCGGGCCUGGUUGAAGCACUUGAACCUUUUGGAACAUCAGGAGGCCAUCUAUUCCUGGUGUGAAGUAAUGGGAGCAGCGUCUUUGGAAGAGGUCAUCGAGUGCAUCGAUGACUUGCUUGAAGCUGUGCCCAUGAAGGCUUUGCAGGCAAAGCGUUUGCAAAGCAAAGCACAGGAAUCCUUGGAAGUUGUGCGAGCGGAAGAGGCUGAAGGCGCAGGUGGAGGAACAUCCGAGGCUAUACCCGAAAGUUCAGGAGGCGCUGGAACAAAUGGCACCAGCCACCAUGCUGAUGAUGCUCCUCCCAAAUCUUCUGGAGCAGCCAGGGUUCAAAGCUUCUACAAAAGCUUAGCAACAUUGGAUGAUGAGAGCCCUUACUUGAAGCAGAGACCGACUGAGAAAGCCACAUGGGUGCCUACAGUCAAAGCUGCUUCGCAAGGAGGGCGCAAACGUCAACAGAAGGAGCGAUCCAAAGGGGUCGAGCAGGCCAAGUCCACUGAAGACUUGGAAGAACAGCGGAAGCGCGAAGAGGCACAACGGCUUCUGGAACAGCAGCUUCGAGAGGAGCAGGAGAAGAAGCUGGCAGACGCUAGAGAACUUAUCGUAGCUGCGUUGGAGCGCCACGAUUCUCAGGCGUUUUCCUCUGCAGUGGCGAAUGCCAAGGAGGUUGGCCUGCCUGCAGCUGAAGUGAAAGAGGCAGAGCAGCAGCUGAACUUGGCACUUCAAAGGAGGCUUCAGAAGCGAAACGAUGCUUUGUGUGCUCUCCAAGCCAUGCUGGAAGCUCCAAAGGACGAGCGCUUUGGGCCUGCAGUUCGCAACGCAUUUGAAGAGGCACAGGCAGAGGGCGCAAUCGAGCACCUGCUUGGUGGAGCUGCAGCUGAGUUGGCUACAAGAAAGGCUCUACAGGAGUGGGAGCUGGCCGAGCAACAGAGGGAAGACUCCCGGAUGGCUUUGCAGUUUGCUUUGCGGCAAAGCCAAGUGGAAACUCUGCAGGUUGCGUUGAGCGAAGCGAAGAAGGCAGGCCUGGCAGACGACUGCGGCCUCAUGGCCGAGGCAGCAACGCUGUUGCAGGCAUUGCUAGAGAAGGAGAAGAAGGAAGCUGAGGCGAAGCAGAAGUUGCAAAAGGCCUUGGCUGAACAGGACUUGGUGCUUUUAGAAGAGGCGGUGCUCCUUUGCAAAGAGCUGCACUUGCCCCUCCGAGGUGCUGAUGAAACCUUGCGGAAGUGGAGGAUUGAGGCAGCUGAAAAGCAAGCAGCUGAACAAAGACUUCAGGCUGCCUUUGAGGCUGAAGACCCAUGUGAAGUGAGAGAGGCUAUCGCGCAUGCCAGGUCGAAGCUGGAGUCCACAGUACUUCAAGCUGCUGAGGAUAAAGUGGCUGCCAUGGAGGCGUUGGCCAAACGCCGCGAGAUGGCAUACGCUGAGUUGUGCUUGGCCUGCAAUGCUCGAGACACCCGACGACUCCAAACCGGUUUGGAUGCUGCAAAGAAGGUGGGACUACCUGCUGAACGGUUGCAGGAUGCUGAGGAUGCCUUGCAGGAGCUGCAGGAUCAGGAAGCAAUACGCCAGAGAUUGUGCGAAAUGGUGAACCAGGCCAUUCAGCAGCGCGAGCUGUCAGGGCUGAAGCAGGCCUUGCUGGAGGCGCAGAGUGAGCUGCUUGGUGAGGAGCCUGUGAUGCAAAAGGCUGAGCAAAUCUGCGUGGAGUUGGAAGAGGAGGCCAGACGCCAAGCCGAAGCCGCCCUGCGGAGGAGGUCUGCAGAAGCUCUCGUUGCAGCGGUUGAUGCUGGGGACUGGGACCGAAUCCAGCAGGCACUUGAAGAGGGACUUGCAGCUGGCUUGGCCGAGGAGGGAGCACCAGUUCGUGCUGCUCAAGCAAAGUUGGAAAGCUUGCGAGAGGCCCACGAGCAGCAGGAAGCUCAGCUCAUCGUGCAAGAAACACAGGCACGCUUGGAGGAACUUUGUGCUGUUGAAGGAAGGCUCUCAGGGCCCAGCCACAAGAAAGAGCGCUCUGCGAUCGGCAAGGAGAUCAUGAAGCUUCGGGACAGCGAAGCUUAUAUCUCUGCAAGAAACUUCCUCAAAAACCCGCAGCAGGAGCGCCAGCGUCGAGAAGAGCAGAGGCUUGAGAUUGAGAAGCGAGCGGCGGAAGAGAAGGAGCGUCGAAGGCGCAGAGCUGAGCAAGCACCACAAGAGCUGGCAAUGGCUCUGGAGGCAGGUGACGAAGAUGCCCUCCGUGCAUUGCUGGUGGAGGCAGAGUUGGCUUCGUCAGAUGCACAAGCGGCGGAAGGCUUUCUCGCAGAGUGUGAAGAAAAAAGGCGUAGGGCCGAGCGUGACGGAGCUUUGCUGGAGUUUUGCUUCGCAAACUUGGACAGACGUGCUUUCUUCCAGGCAUCUGUCACGCUGGUGGCUUUCUUCACCGACCAGUACUUGAUGCAUGAGGGGAGCGACUUCAAGCUGAAGGUGGUGAACGCAGCCCACUCCGUACUGGUGGCAUUUCGCAGCAAAGAAUACGCCGAGGCAGUGAAAGCAACAGCUGUGGCACUUGCCCAACAGUCUAUCUCUCUAGCCGAAAGUGCUGUCGUGGCAGAAGCCUCCAUCAGAGGUGCUGUGGACUUCAGCUCUCAGGCGGAGGAACUGCUGGUGAGUGUUCGCCAAGACGCAGAGGCCCUGAAAUCUCGGCCUGCGCGGCCUGAGUGUGAUGAAGCUAUUCAGGCCGCAGCGGCUCGUUCUAGGGGUGAAGGAAGGCAGCUGUCGCGCAAAGCGUCCGCUUUGUUGCGGGCGACCUCUACAACCACUGCGGAGGACUCGCGGCGGCCGAGGGACACGCCUCCUUCAGGUGCAACGAGAACAAGUGAACGCGGUGGCCUCUACACUGGCAAAGGGAAAGGAAAGGUAUUUGGUAGCAGUUCCGCUGAUCCAGAUGUCUUUAAGAUUCCGAAAAGUUCUGCGGUGCUGCAGAAAGAUCCUGGGAAGGCAAAGACCUUUCAAGAGGAUUUAAGGCGUGGGAAGUUGGUUCAGAUCUGGGCCGGGCUAAGGCGUACCAUCCGAUGUUGUUUCAUGCUCGACAUGUUUUCCCGUGUUUCGAUGCAUCGGUGGUGAGACGAUAUACUGUAGUUCUUUAUAUAUAUACUGUAGUAGUUUUCUGUCGUUGGCAACCAUGCAAGGGACAAAGGUUUCUCCGCAAUGUUUUUGCGUCAAGAACGACAACGUUGAAGCUUCAGCCAUGGGCAAGAAGAGAAGUAGGUCAUCCAGCUCUUCUGAUUCUUCGUCCUCUUCAGAGGAUAAAAAGAAAAAGGACAAGAAGAAGAAGAAGGAAAAGAGGGACAAAAAGAAGAAAAAGGAAAAGAAGAAGGACAAAGAAAAGAAGGAGAAAAAGGAAAAGACAUUGCCCUUGGUGACACCAAUGGUUCCCAGAUUGAGUGCAGCAGAGGAGCGAGAGCGCCUUCUUCGGGCCAAAGCGCCCGUUGCAACACAAGAGGCCUCAGAAGCAGCCCGGUUCGAUCAGGCUAAGGCACGUCUUGAAGCGUUGAGGGCACAGCAGCAAAAGCCUGAAAAAAGUGUGCCUUACUCGGUGCGAAAGCCAAACUGGUGAGAACUGGCUUGCUUGUACGUUGCUCAAAGCAAUCACGAGAAGAUCAACACCUUUGAGAUCGAGACUGGAGUUCCACAGGGUUCGAACUGUAGAUUUUGAAGGUCUUUGGCUGGAUGAGAUUGAUUUGGCCAGACAAGUGGCGGACCGGUAUCGACAGCGGAGAAAUGCAGAGCACUCACAGCAGAGCAAUCUUGUCAGGGUUUGCAACUUGUUUAGGGUGCUGCCUCACUUGUGUAUUUUUCACCCAGUGAUUGCUGCCUCAGCCCAGCAGCGCCUAGCGCCAUUAGUGAGAAAAGGCUUUGAUCAUGGUGUGCACGUGGUUGUCACCAUCAUGAAACUUGUUCUGAGAAUAACAUAAGCAACCAGGGCAUGAUGAAUACCUUCUGUCGUUG